CAUUUUCAUUUAACCUAUAAAAAGUUCUAAUUCUUGAAUGUUUAUUUAAAUAAAGCUAAUAUGGAAACAGAAUUAACGAAAUCAACUUUUUCAUGUAAAUUAGGAAUUUUAAGCCGUCCAGAUGGUUCCGCAAUUCUUAGUAAAGAUAACACGACUGUAAUAGCUGGUAUUUACGGCCCAAUUGAAGUCAAACUCCAAAAGCUUUUAAUUGAUAAAGCCUCCGUUGAAUGCCAUUAUCGUCCUAAAAGCGGUUUACCAGGUAUCGAAGAUAGAAUGCACGAGUCAAUAAUUCGAAACACAUGUGAAGCUUCCCUAGUGGCUUCGUUGCACCCCCGAACAGCCGUGUUGGUGGCGAUACAGGAACUUCAGAACAGCGGGCAAUUAAUAUCUUGCGCAGUCAACGCGGUUUGUUUGGCUUGUUUGCAUGCAGGAAUUGACAUGAAGUUUAUGUUUGGAGCCGUCACAUGCUUUUCGAACGGAGUUGAAAUGUCCCUAAAUCCUCCAGCACAAACCCAUAUUAAAGCAGUGUUUGUGUUCGUUUUCGAUUCAACAGAGAAAAGAGUGAUUGCUUCUCACACGAAAGGAAUUUUUACGAAAGAACAGUUUGAAGAAGCUGUGGAAUUAUGCAGAAGUGGUAGUGAUCAAGUGUUUGAUUAUUACAAGAAAGUUUUAACGAAUUAAACUCGUUUAAAUGGACUUAUUAUUUUAUAUUAAAUUUAAGUUGUUAGAUAAUUUGUGAUUUUUAUACCAUAUUAUAAAAAACAAUUCAAUAGGAUAUUAAAAUACAGAGG